CCAAUUGAGAUUCAUUGAUAGCGCGGCCGAGCGGGCGCGCUUAGCCGCUGAAAUCUCGUCACCUCGCUCCUCGCGCUCGCGUGCUCGGCUCCCCGCGGGCGCUGCCAUUCGCCAGUCGGCCACCGCUCCGGCGCACUUGACACCUGGCAGUCUGCACUUGGGUUCGCUCCGCUUCUUCCGCUCGGCUCGGCCCGCUCUCCGUGCCGCCGCGCGACCAGAGUCAAGUUUGAUCGUCAAGGUGCCGGAGGCGCGUGCGAGGGCAGCGCAGGCAUGAGGAGAAAGUGGCCGAGGACGCUGGGCAGGCUGGCGCUGUUGGCGCUGUUGGUGGGCGGCCUGCUGCAGCAGGCGGCGGCGGCCAAGGGCGGCCGGGGCGGCGGGCGCUCGCGGGGUGGCCGCGGGCGGACCUACGGCAUGCGCAUGCCCAUCCUGAUCCCCAACCGGACCCCCGGCGCGGCCAACUACUACGAGAACAAGGACGGCGCCAAGAUCACCAAGGCCUCGCACUUCGAGCUGGACUACAUGCUCGGCCGCAAGAUCACGUUCUUCUGCGCGGCCACCGGCAUCCCGCGGCCCGAGAUCACCUGGUUCAAGGACGGCGUCGAGCUCUACCACCACCAGUACUUCCAGGUAAGCGGGCCGUCCUCCGCGCUGCUGCUGCUCCUGGUGCUGCUGCUGCUGCUGCUGAGCUGCGACGAGGCCGCCGCGCGGCGCGGCCGCUCCAGGAGCCGCAGCAAGUCGAGGGUGCAGAUCGGCCUGCCGAUCACCGGCAAAUACCGCGACCCCGAGAGCGACCAGUACUACAACAACAACAACGGCGCCAAGAUCCUGCUGGCCUCGCACUUCGACUUGGAGUACGUGCUGGGUCACAAGAUUGCCUUCCUGUGCGUGGCCCGCGGCACGCCCACGCCCCACAUCACCUGGUACAAGGACGGCAACGAGAUAUACUCGCACCUCUACUUGCACGUGCACGAGUGGAAGAUGGGCAAAGACAAGGUCAAGUCGAAGCUCGAGAUCGACCCGGCCACGCAGAUGGACGCCGGCGUGUACGAGUGCACCGCCGACAACAUGUACGCCAUCGAUCGCCGCUCCUUCAAGACUGACUUCUCCAUCGCCUUCGACUAGAGCGCGCGCGCCCGGCGCCCACCUCAGGCCCCAGCGUCGGGCGUCGACGUGCCCAUGAUCGACGCAGCACACGCGGACGACGACGACGACGACGACGACGACGACGACGACGACGACCAUGACGACGACGACCGGCCGCCCACUCGUCGCUCUCGGGCCGCAGCUCCGCGACUGGCGGCCCAGCCGCGCGAGCUGGCCUAACCACACGCUUUCACAAACAAUGUAUCGUAGACUUUUGUACUGUAGUCGGCCAGACGUUGGAAUAAACGAGCCAGUAGCCGAGCAGGCAACAAGCAAA